AAAGAAAUGGAAGAGGGCUCCAGUUCUCCGGUCUCCCCUGUGGAUAGUCUGGUGACCAGCGAGGAGGAGCUGGACAGGCAGCAGAAGCGCUUCACGGCGAAGAGGAGGCAGAGCAAGAAGUCCAGCGAGGACAGCAGCGGCGGCAGCAGCCCGGGUCCGGUGAAGAGGGUCAAGAAGCCGAGUCCGAGCAGCAACCAGUCGUACGAGGAGCUGCAGAACCAGCGGGUCCUGGCCAACGUGCGGGAGCGCCAACGGACCCAGUCUCUGAACGAGGCCUUUUCGUCGCUGCGUAAAAUCAUCCCCACGCUGCCCUCGGACAAACUCAGCAAGAUACAGACGCUGAAGCUCGCCUCCAGGUACAUCGACUUCCUCUGUCAGGUGCUGCAGAGCGACGAGAUGGACAACAAGAUGUCCAGCUGCAGCUACGUCGCGCACGAGAGACUCAGUUACGCGUUCUCGGUGUGGAGGAUGGAGGGCGCUUGGUCAAUGUCAGCAUCUCACUAGCAGCCCAGAGAGACCUUCAAUCACAAUGCCAAAGCGACUGUUUACUUCUACAAAGUAUGAAGACCAAAGGGAUUAUUGAAGAACCCAUCGAC